UACGAGACAAAAAUCAAUGUAUGCUAUGUUGCUUUUACGUUGCAUAAGGACAUAAGGACACCAAGCAUCGGCGUGUUUUGAUUUUACCAUAUUUGGAGCCAAUCAACACGCUUGUUUCCGAAUAUUUUAGCAAAAUGAAAUUUCUUGCUGAAGGGUGCAUCUUCAUUUUGCUUUUCACCAUUGACUUUUUACGUCGCCCAGCAGCGGCAUCAGUUUUAGAAUAUAUUUGGCCAUCGGAGGACACUGAUGAUCGAUCAGCAGCUAUCGAUACUUUUCCGUCCGUGCCAUAUGAGUUGACCGACGGUGAAGAAGACUUUAUACGCGAAGCUUCAAGAUGGAUUGGACUGACAUUGUCGAAGCUCGAUUUGUGUCACCAUCGUGUCGUACUUAAGUUAAAGAAAACAUGCCACGAGCUAAAUGCCGAGCAAAUGGGUAAACUUGCGGUGAUGCUACUCAACUGCCAGUCAGACUCGGAGGGUCGUCCAUUGUUUCUGUGCAGCGACGAGAUGGAACUUCGGCAGUGCACUGAACGGAUGGAUCCAGAGAUGUGGAAUGCCUACCAUUUGAUAACGAAUCGUGCGAAAGCUGUAUGCGCCAGCGUGCGACACGAGCAAUUCCGGGGAUUAACCGAGCUGACAGUGAACAAGUUGAUGGCCACGGCUCAAGAGCAAGUGCGACUGAUGAACGAAAUGAGUAUUAGUCAGGAACAGCUUCAAAGUAACACCCGCGAAGCAGUGCAAGUGAUGGUUGAUAACAAUGAACGAAUUAUAAGCCAACAGGAUAACAUUAUGCGACUGUCGGAGGUCAAUCGGGUGAAACUGGAGUCCAAUUUUCGUAGUUUGGAGCACGAGAAAAGUUUGAUACGUUCAGGCCAGCAGAAAGUGGCGAUAAUGUUAACCGAUCUCCACGAUCGGAUUGAUGGCAACAUGGAACAGCUAGAGCAGCAAUCAUUACGCACGACACAGCACCACGAUUCGCGGUUGGCGGAUUUAAAGCGUUUGCAGGAAAACAUUGUCGCAAUAGAGGCCACGGUCCAAGAAAUGGAUCAACACUUUGAGGAACGUCACCGCGAAGCCGAGAAGCAUUACCAAUACACGAUAGAGCAACUACAGCUUAUCAAUACCACUGUAUCGGACCUGCUGAAUUCGUUCGAAAGGUUGCACCACAAUUUUAACAGACAGGUUACUUGGUUAGUGGAAAAAUUUGGUGGGAGCAAGAACUCGCUGCAAAACUUAAAUAUCAUUUUACUACACUUAAGCUACCUUUUAAUCGGUAUGAUAUGUCUUGCCUUCGUCGGGGCGAGCAAAUUGCUGCGGGUUGUGUUCAUCUCCGCCGUACCAAGCAAUCUAUUAGGCGGUAUGCUCGAACUCUUCCAACCAGACUUUCUGCGACUGACGUUCGCACUGGUUUGUAUAACCGUCGUGGAUGUGUUGUGGUGGUUAAUUGUAAAAUAUUACCCAUAUGGAGGAUUUGCGUGGGUCACGCGUCUCGAAAAGACGACAGAAGCGUCGAAGGUGAACACUAGUUUCGUUGGUGAGCAACCGUUUCAAGAUAACAUGGUUGGCAGUAACGAGCAUUGCCAAAAAGAAAUAGGUGAGGAAAACUCAAGUACCGAACACACAGGUUUCAAAGAUGAUUACCGCAGAAUGCGAGAGCAAUCAGUCAGCUCUACAGUUUCUCAUGAUUCAAUGCGAAGAAGUGUGCCAAGAUAUGGUGAUAAUGAUCGGACUCGACGGAGCGUCGCAGAAAUGUCCGAUACCGUAAUGGAACAUCACUAUGGGUGGCAACGAGCGCAGUGCACUGCUCAAACACUGCGCGGUAGCCAAUGUCGUGGCAACGCCACGCCAGGAAGCGAUUUUUGUCGCUUACACGAACCGAGGAGUUUAUAGGGUGGUUUUUCUAUGCAGGGUUUUCUCAGGUGCUUCUGCA